CAAGCCCAUCCACCCAUCCUUCUUCCUUACAGCGAAGGGCUGAAGUGGGGCACUUCUCCAGAGGAAUCCAGCGGAGAACUCUUGACCAGGAGGUCUUCAGUGAUUUACUGCGGCUUGGAGUGAGACUUCCACAUUGCUGUGUGCAAACAUCUACAGAGGCAGAAUGGCAAGCCAUUUCUGGCUGGCAGCAUGCACAUUGGUUCUGAUUCUAGCCAUGGCCGCACCUCAGGAAAACUCUUGCAGUGCUCCCAAUGGCAUAGAUGGACACCCAGGGACUCCAGGCUUAAACGGGCGACCAGGACAGAAAGGUGACAUUGGAGAACCAGGGCCAUCUGGAAGAAGCAUAGGGGCACGGGGGCCCAAAGGGGAUCCAGGAGAGCCUGGUGUGCCAGGCAUUCCAGGGAACCAAGGUUACAGAGGCCCCGACGGGCCUGAAGGACCCCCCGGGGAAGAAGGGGACCGAGGGCAGAAAGGCCAAGUUGGCAACGUUAUGCACGAGGCCAGAGCGGCGUUCUCAGCCUCUCGGAAGACUCCAGAACCUAAUGGCAAUGUCGUGGUCUUUGACAAUAUCAUCACCAACCAGGACAACUGCUACAGCGGGCAGCGGGGCGUGUUCACCUGCAAGGACCCCGGCUACUAUUACUUCACCUUCCAGGUGGUUUCCAGUGGCAACCUGUGCCUCAGCCUGGUGCACCGAGACACCAAAGUGGCCACGUUCUGUGACGACAACCGCGACGGCCUCAUGCAGGUCAACUCAGGAGGCAGCGUCCUGAAACUGGCCAGGGGAGACGCUGUCUUUCUGCAGGGUGACCCGGUAGCUGGGAACAAGGUUUACGACGGCACUGAUGCAGACAGCGUGUUCAGUGGCUUCCUGCUUUUCCCGUUGUUGGGCUGAGGAGGAGCCAAGUGGACAAGUCCCCGCCUGACAGCCUCUGACAUCCUCUGAGCAGCUCCCUCUUCUAGCCAGGCUACAGCUCAAAGGGUCCGUUUCUCACACGAAAGCGCAUAAGCGCGCAUGUAUUCUUUCUAGGCCACCCUGUCUAUGCCGUUUCUGCCCUUUUUGUAGCUUUCAGUGAGCACUAAAUAAAAUUCCCCCAGAAUGAGAAACUUG